UCGCAAAGAAUUAAAGUACACAUUCCAAUAAAUCAUCAACAAUUCAAAUGAAUAAAAGACAUUUAAUUUUGAAGUAAAAGAAUAUCAACGAUUCAAAUAAAUAAAAUAUAAUUUUAAGUAAAAAAGAAACACGCAUGGUUAUAAAAAUACAUUAGAAUGUCAUUUUUACAUAUUUACAAUGUUAAAGAAACAAAUUCCUACUUAACCUUUGUUCCAAAUAAUCUCUAGAACAAGUUACCACAAAGAUUGAUCCAUUUGGGCAUCUAAUCCCUUUAUCAACUUUUGUCCAAUUCCUUGCCUUUUCACAAAGUUCUCCUAACCUUAUAUCAACAUACCUUUGCCACUUUCCAUACCCACAAAAAUGGAAUCCCGCAAAUCUUUAUUUUUGUGGGUUUCUAUGAUCGUUUUCAUAUUACAUUUCAAAACUUUAUCAGUUCGAGGGCUUGGGGUUAAUUGGGGUACGCGUGCAUCACAUCCUUUGUCACCUAAUAUUGUGGUGAAGUUGAUGAAGGAUAAUGGGUUCGAUAAAGUUAAACUGUUUGAAGCCGAGCCUGAGGUUUUGGAUGCGCUUAGAAAUUCAGGACUUCAGGUUAUGCUCGGGAUUCCUAAUGAUUUCUUAGCUCCAUUGGCUAGUGGUGUUAGGGUUGCUGAAGACUGGGUGGCAAAAAAUGUAUCUGCUUAUGUUUCACGUGGAGUUGAUAUAAGGUAUGUAGCAGUUGGGAACGAACCCUUUCUCAAGACCUACAAAAACAUGUUCACAAACGCAACUCUCCCGGCUCUCCAAAACAUCCAAGCCGCCUUAAUAAAAGCCGGUCUAGGUCGUCAAGUCAAAAUAACAGUACCACUAAACGCCGACGUUUACGAAAGCAACUCCGGCGUCCCAUCAGAAGGUAAUUUCCGGUCAGACAUCCACAGCCUCAUGAUCUCCAUCAUCCAAUUUCUAAGCGACAACGCAGCACCACUCACCAUCAACAUCUACCCUUUCCUCAGCCUCUACGCUGACCCACAUUUUCCAAUCGACUUUGCAUUCUUCGCCGGAACAAAUGCUCCGGUGGUUGAUGGAACAAUUUCAUACACAAAUGUAUUUGAUGCUAAUUACGAUACCCUUGUGUGGGCCCUUGAAAAGAACGGUUUUCCAGGGAUGCCGGUGAUCGUCGGAGAGAUCGGGUGGCCAACUGACGGUGACCAAAAUGCGAAUUUAGGAUAUGCACGGAAGUUUAACCAAGGGUUGAUAAGCCGGAUAAUUCAAGGACAAGGGACACCGAAAAGGAAAACACCACCGGAUGUUUACAUUUUCGGGCUUAUCGAUGAGGAUCGGAAAAGCAUAGACCCUGGUAAUUUUGAACGACAUUGGGGAGUUUUUAAUUAUGAUGGCACAGUCAAGUAUAGACUUGACCUAGGAAGUAAUAAUAGGACGCUUGUGUCAGCUAAAGGGGUCCGGUACUUAUCCCGACAGUGGUGCGUUAUGGCAGAGGGGGCAAGUGAAUCAGACCCUAAUUUAGCUGAUAGUGUGAAGUAUGCGUGUACUUAUGCAGAUUGUACAAGUUUAGGUUAUGGUUCUUCGUGUAAUGGUUUGGAUGCGCGGGGUAAUGCGUCGUAUGCGUUUAAUCAAUAUUUUCAAACGUUUAAUCAGCAAAAGGGAACAUGUGAUUUUCAUAAUUUAUCCAUUGUUACGAAAAUCCAGCCAACGAUAGGGAUGUCGGAUUGUAAAUAUGAAAUUAUGAUUGAUGUUGGGAAGCAUGAGAAGCCGCGGAAUCCGGUGACGUCUAUGGCAGCACUAGGGUGGAGAUUGCAAGAUUUGAGUUACUCCGGUGUGGUGGCGGUUAUAUUGUCUUUUAUCAUUAGUUGGGUUUCAUGAGGAGUUUUAGUUUUGAAUCUUGUACAUCGUAUUUCUACUUUAUGUUCCACUUGAUUUAUUUGAUCAAAGAUGAAUAAUGAUUUCUGUCGCGUUUCUAAUUGUUUAUUGGUUUAUUUAAGUUUCACUAAAUCAUUGACGUCCCUACUGUUUUCGGUUUGUACCAAAAAGCCCUUCAAUUAUAUUUAAUCACCAAAAAUGUAUUCAAAUGACUGCAAUCUUUUGUUACAAAAAUAGAUUAUUAUUUUAAUAGUAUAGUUUUGCAACCAUAUAAUACAUUCACAUAAUGGAUCAAGAACAUCAACAAGAGUCACGCUAACACACCCAUUUAAGAAAUCCACCAAAGCCUAUUUCGUCAUAUCAACUAUAUUAUAACUAAUUACAUGGGAACAUAUAAUUUUGUUUUAAAAUUUUAACACACCAACUCUAAGUUGUUGUUUUUUUUUUUUUUUUUUUUUUUUUUUU